AUGGCUCUUGGCCUCUCAAUACUAGUUGCCAAGCACCACGCAGCACGACGUGCACGGCUGGACGAGCACCACGCCGGCGGCCAGCUCCACCCAGCCCACGCUCGCGCCGCCCCCGCCCCGCCCCGGCUCGUGCCCGGCCGUGCCCGCUGCGGCCAGCUCCGCCCGCCCGGCCUGUGCCCGGCCGUGCCCGCCGCGGCUAGCUCCGCCCGCCCCGGCGACCUCCGCCCGCCCACGCCCGUCGCGGCAGCGCCGCCCCCGGCCGUGGCCAGCUCCGCCCCGCCCGGCGACCUCCGCCCCGCCCACGCCCGUCGCGGCGAGCGCCGCCCCCGGCCGUGGCCGGCGCGGCGAGCCCCGCCCGUGCCCGCGCCCCACCCCGGCGACCUCCGCCCCCGCCCACGCCCACGCCUGCCCGGCGACCUCCGCCCCGCCCACGUCCGCGCCCGUCGCGGCGAGCGCCGCCCGCCCGUGGCCGGCGCGGCGAGCCCCGCCGUGCCCGCGCCCGCCCCGGCGACCUCCCGCCCCCGCCCCCGCCCCGCCCACGCCCGCGCCCACCCCGGCGACCUCCCCCCGCCCACGCCCGUCGCGGCGAGCGCCGCCCGCCCGUGGCCGGCGCGGAGAGCCCCGCCCGUGCCCGCGCCCCGCCCCGGCGACCUCCGCCGCGCCCCGCCCACGCCCGCGCCCGUCACGGCGAGCGCCGCCCCGCUCGUGCCCGGCCGUGGCCGUCCCCGUCCGUGCGGGCCAGCUCCGCCCCGCCCGGCGAGCGCCGCUCCCGCUCGUGGCCGACGCGGCGAGCGCCGCCCCGCUCGUGCCCGGUCGUGGCUGUCCACGCCCGCGCUGCCCCGUUCGACGUCGCCGGCGCGGCUCCAAGCUCGCCGCGGGCGCGGAGCUUGUUUCGGCUCCGGCGACUUCCGGCAGGUAAUCAUCGCCCAGAAGCAGGACAUAUCAGUCAAAGGAAUGCUCAAAGAAGGAAGUUCUUACCUCGUGUACGACUCGAAUAACACGGUAUCUAACACCUAG